AUGUAAAAAGUAAAUCUCAAUCCUAUCAAUUCAGAACGAUUAUGGUUUUGGUCGUAACGAAACAGUUAAGGAAAUCGAUAAUUAACAUAAUGAUGAGGAAUAUGUAGUGGAGGAUGAAUAAAGUGUUGAAAUUGAUAGUGGUGAAGAAGAUGAAGAUUAUUUAAUGUCUUUACUGAAAAUCUAUUAGAUUAAGCAGGAGCUAAGAAGCUCCAUAAGAUGCAUAAAGUUCUAGGUUUUAAAACCGAAAGGUUCCUUUGCCUGAAGAUGCUUAUAAUCCAAAUGAUUAUUUAAUUUAUAAGUAGGUGCAGAAGUCAAAUAAUUGUUAAAGUAUGUCGCUGCAAAUUAAAAUAUUUAUACCAGAUUAUGUACUGGCUAUAGACGAUAUUGAUACGUUCAUCAAGAUAUCAAGACCUGAUGGCCAACCUGAGACACUUGGUUUAGUUACAUUAGUAUUCUUACUAUAUAAUUUUACAAACCUGCUCUUAGCCAAUUCAAAAAGGCUAUAUUAGAAUAUAGAGGAGAGAAUAUUUCAUAGUAGCAAAUAGAAGUAAAAAUACAACUAACGUGCAAUUGAAAAUGUUGAUAUAAUCCAAAGGAAAUUACAGCCUGGAUUAAUGAUGUUGCGGAAAUGCAUAAAAAAAAGCAACCUCCAUCAGUUCUUAUUCUACAAUAAUGCCUGAUAUCGAAGAAUUAAUGUGGUCAUAAAAAUAGAAGACCUAAUUACCAGGUUACAAUUAUGACAUGGGCUGAUAAGAAUAUUGCUAAUUCUCCUUUAAUUUGCUAGAUAUUCCUGUUCAUCCAAUUACUAACAAUAGAAAUUUAUUUUGUCUUUGCAUAUUUUAUUCACAUUUUUUCAGGAUUCAAAAUCAAUCAUUUUAGACAAAACAAUGAAGAAAUUUAAUGA